AUGAUCAGAUAUCACCUCAUCCAAGAGGGAAUUUUAUACCUCAGAAAUUUAUUAGCUCCUUAUGUUAGGAGCCAAACUCAGAGAAGUCAUGCUGUUGCGACCACGCAGACUGUGUGCAUUACUCUGAGGGUUUUUGCAAGUGCCACUUUUCUGCAUAUGGUAGGCAAUGCAGAAAAUCUAUCAAAGAGCACUGUUUGUCAGGCAAUUCGUAAAAUCUACUUGGCCCUGAAACAUUUCCUCAGAGUUUUUAUUGUUUUUUCUGGACACCUGCGUGUGCAGACCAUUAAAGAGGCCUUUUAUACCAUUGCAAGUAAUAUUAAUGUGAUUGGAGCAUUGGACUCUACUCAGAUCCAAAUCAAGGCCCCAUCAGGUGCAAAUGAAGGGGCAUACGUGAAUAGAAAAGGCUUCCACAGUAUCGAUGUACAGAUAAUCUGUGCUGCAUCUUGCAUCAUUUCAGAUGGGGAGGCAGGGUCAGUUCAUGAAUCCAGAAUUUUUAGGGAGUCACACCUGUAUUGGAAACAUGAACAAGGUCAUCUUGAUGGGGUCCUGGUUGGAGACAGGAGCUACACCUGCAGACAGUUUUUAAGGACCCCAUUCCCCAACCCCAACCCUGGCCCAAAAACUCAAUAUAAUGCAGCUUUGUCUAGGACAAGGGCACAAAUUGAAAUGACCUUUGGCCCCCUAAAGGAGAGAUUUCAAUGUCUAAAAAGGCUGAGGGUUGCACCCAACAGAGCGUGUGACAUAAUUGUUGCAUGUUCAAUCUUACGCAACAUAGCCAAAAGAAAGGGCCCCUGA